AUGAGCAACCAAGGCAAUCGAGGCGGCGGAAGAGGUAGAGCUCGAGGUGCAGGUGGUCCUCCUCGGGGCGGUCCUUCUCAAGGUGGCCCUGCUGCUGGCGGCUCACCUAGAGGGGGAACUCCUCAAGGCGGUUUCCGAGGUGGGCCUCCUUACAGAGGAGACCAAUCUGGACCCGGUAGAGGUAGGGGCAGAGGCGAGGGGAGCGGACAAGGCACCCUUUCUUCCGCGGGCGGCCGAGGGGGUGGAUUUCAAGGCGGCCCUCCUCAAGGUGGCACUUCCACUAUCUACUCGCCUGGUACUCCGGCCCUCAUCGACAGGCAGCGAAAUGCUGCCGCUGAUCAGCUUGUCGCCGCUUUCAAAGGACUGGCCAUUUCACCGGAGCGACCUCUACGUCCCGGGUAUGGGACUCUCGGCAGGGAAAUCACCCUUCGAGCAAAUUUCUUUCCGGUCAAGGUACCCAAGGGUGUUGUCUAUGAGUACAAGAUCACAAUCUCCCCGAACGUCGUAGGCGGUGAGAAGAGGAGGCUUUUCGACCUCAUAGAGAUGCAAUCGCAGUAUCAGGCCCACAGAAAUUACAUCGCUCACGACAGGAGCGAGCGCUUGGUGUCUGCUAAGAAGUUGCCUGACCCAUUAUCUCUGCGUAUUCCAUAUUUUGAAGACGGUGAACAGGGCCCUCGGCAAGGCGCGAAAGUGUACACCGUCGAUAUCACGUUUCAGAGGGACCUCGAUAUGAGACAACUAACUGAGUACCUGUCCGGCGACGUUGCUCAGCGUGACACGGACCUUGCGCCGAUUUUGUCAGCGUUGAAUAUUGUGCUCCAGCAGCACCCUUCGCACACCGGUAUGCGAGUUGGGAAGAAUCGGUAUUUCUUUCCGACUGCGCGUGGCGGGAUUCCGAUUGCGCUUGGAGUAGAGGCGUGGCAGGGAUUCUUCACGUCUGUGCGGCCUGCGCACAACCAAUUGAUGGUUAAUGUGAACGUUGCUAUGACAGCCUUCUAUAUUCCUGGAAAUCUUGCCGACGCCAUGCUUGCAUUCCAACAGAAUACAAGAGGGGGCAUGCCUACCGCUUUCGCUCGGGGCAUCAAGGUUGCCACGUCUCACCUUGGAUAUACAAGGCGAUACACUGUCAGAGACAUCGGUCAAAGUAGUGCCAGACGGACCACGUUCGAUUGCGAUGGAAAGAUAAUAUCGGUCGAACAGUACAUGAGAGAAAAGUAUCGAAUACAGCUCAGACACGCCGAUGAUCUACCAGUGGUCAACGUUGGAGCCAAGACGCCGACUUACCUGCCUGCUGAGAUCUGCAACAUCAUCCCAGGGCAGCCCUACGGAAAGCUGAACGAACAAGAGACCGCGCAGAUGAUACGUCAUGCAUGUCAACCACCUGCAGUGAAUGCCAAUGCCAUCAUGUCGACAGGAUUACGAGCUCUAGGUCAUCAUCCAGCCGAAGCACCACUGAACGGAUUCGGUAUCACUAUUGAACCCCAGAUGGCUGUAGUACCAGGCCGAGAGUUACCUCCCCCGCGCGUUUCGUACAGAUCGGGCGCGCCGCGGCUCCAGAACGGUAGCUGGAACAUUUUACAGUCAAAGUUUCAGAAAGGCGGAAACUUGGGCAUGUGGUGGGUGUUGGUAGUUCGGGACGGGCCCAGGGACGAGUUCCAGGGACCCAAUGACCCCAAACUCAUCAAUUUUCUCAAGGCGUUUGCGCAGAAGUGUCAAGAUGCAGGGCUUACUGUGCCUUCUCCACCACAGAUACUGAGUACACCAAACUUACCUCGGCAGUCUGACAGAGACCGGACCAGGACUGGAGCACUACAAAUCAUUCAAAAGACCAUAAAGGACAAACUCGACGCUACCAGGGGCAAACCUACUUUCAUUCUCGUCUUGCUCUCCGGACGCGAUAGCUUCAUAUAUCCUGGGAUCAAGCGGAUUGGUGAUGUUUUACUCGGAGUUCAAACCGUUCACAUGCUCCUGAGCAAAGCUUUGAAAGAUAGGGGACAAGACCAGUACUUCUCCAACGUCGCACUAAAGGUAAACGCGAAAUUGGGCGGUAUAAAUCACCUGCUGGAUAGGCAAGACAUUGGGUGGCUCACGGAUAAGAAGACUAUGCUGGUCGGAAUGGACGUGACGCAUGCUGGCCCUAAGAGUAUUCCUGGCACUCCCUCCAUCGCUGCGGUCGUGGCUAGUAUCGACGAUAAUUUCGUACAGUAUCCUGCAAGUCUACGUCCGCAGGAGACUCUCACUGAGAUGAUUCAAGAGCUGAGGGAUAUGAUGGUCGAGCGGCUGAAACUGUACGAGAAAAUGAACAGACGCCUACCUGAGCGAAUCAUCGUAUUCCGAGACGGCGUCUCCGAGGGUCAGUACGAUGCCGUGAUUCGUGAAGAGCUCCCACAAAUUCUCGAUGCCUUCAAGAAGGUUCGGCAGUCUCCUGCGUACCGUCCGAAGCUUUCCAUCGCUAUAUGCGGGAAACGGCACCAUGCAAGGUUCUAUCCCACCGACUCAGCCUUCGCGGACAGGAACGGGAACACGAGACCAGGGACAGUAGUGGACCGAGGCGUCACUGAAGUAUACGGCUUCGAUUUCUACCUCCAAGCACACGCAGGGCUCCAGGGAACCGUCAAAGCGACGCACUAUAUCGUGAUCUACGAUGAGAAUGAUCUCAAGGCCGAUGCCCUCCAGCAGGGCGCUCAUACGCAGAGUUAUCUGUAUGCUCGGGCGACGAAGGCGGUAAGCCUCAUUCCGCCGGCAUACUACGCCGAUCUUGCUUGCGAGCGCGGUCGGUUCUACAUCAACGAAUUUCUCAACCUCGGCGAUGACAAGGCAUCGAGUACAGGGAGUACAAGGCAAGAUCGAGAUGAAACCAAGAGACGCGUCUUCGAGGAUGCGAAGCGAGCGUGGGGAGAGGGUCUGCAUCCUGAUAUCCGGGAGACUAUGUUCUACAUUUAA